AUGCUUCCUGCCCCAAACAACCAAGCUCUGAUGUCAGCCCUCAAAACUCUUCAAGAAAAGAUCCGUCGUCUAGAGUUGGAGAGGUCGCAGGCUGAAGAUAACCUGAGCUGCCUUUCCAUUGAGGCUGCCCAGUAUAAAAAGACCUUGCAGCAUGAAACAAAUGCGAAAGAUCUAGCACAUGAGGAAUUGAUACAACAGAAAAAAGAUGUUAGUGUGCAGUUAAGUGCAGCACAGUCCCACUGCUCCCUACUGGAGAAACAGCUGGAUUACAUGAGGGAAAUGGUUUUCAAUGCAGAGCUAGAAAAGAAUAUGGUUCUAGAGCAACAGACUCAGCUUCAAAAGGAAAAAGAUCAGAAUCAUAUGGAGCUCCAUGCAAAACUUGAAAAGCUUGAAGUCCUAGAAAAAGAGUGCUUCAGACUUCUCACUACACAGAGAACUGCAGAAGACAAGAUCAAACAAUUGGAGGAAAAGCUUCGUGAAGAAGAGCAUCAGCGUAAGUUAAUACAAGACAAAGCUGCUCAGCUUCAAACUGGACUUGAGAUCAAUAGAAUUUUAACGUCUUCAGUGUCAUCUCAAAAUGAACCAAAAAAGAAAAGCCGGAAAAAGAAAACUGCAAAAAAAAAAUCUGCUCUGAAGAAAGUACAUCCUCCACAAUUUUGCCUAAAGGCUGGGAUGCUGCCUUUUGUGGCUGGGAAGUCUGCCAGCUCCAGCCAUUCUGUUAGUGCAAACGUACAAAGUGUCUUACAUAUGAUGAAACAUCGUAGUCCAUGUAUCUUGUCACGGUGUCCAGAAGCAGCUGAACACAGGAUUUCUAGACGAACAAUUGCUUGCAAAUCUGUAUCCUCUCGUUCCACAUCUUCUUCUGUCACUGAAAAUCUAUCUGACCUUUUGCUGGCGAUACAAGAUGAGCUAGGCCAAAUGAGCUUUGAGCAUCAAGAACUCUUGAAGCAGAUACAAGAAACUCAAAACUGUGAAGUUCGUGAAGACCUAGAACGUGAAUUGGAUUGUCUUGUAAAGCAAAUGGAAAUUAAAGGGGAACAGAUAUCUAAGUUGAAAAAACACCAAGCUAGUGUCCACAAAUUAAAGCAAAAAACUCAGAAAUUGAAGAGACAGUCAGCUCAUGUCCUACCAAAAUCUGAUGACCUAAAAGGAACAAGAGAGAUUCCAGUUACUCCAAGCAGAAGUGCAUCAAAAAACUGCCCUGUGCAGAAAAGCAAAAGCUCUCUUCAGCUGUUAAAAAAUGUGCAGAAACUUCAAUCAACACUGAAAAAAGAUGAUAUCAUGUGGGAACAAUAG